AUGUAUCCGUGCAUAAUUCUCGUAUUAUUUUCGGUCUUGCGAAGAAAGUUCACCGAAGAAUAUCGAGUUUUAGGCUUUUGCGUUGCGUGUGCGUCAAUACAAUAUGGCAGCGGCAGCUGCUCGGGAUAUCUAGUCGAAGACACCGUUACCGUUGGCGGUUUGCCGAUUAGUGGUCAGGUGUUUGGUGUCGCUACUUCAGAGCCGGACCAGACCUAUAGCGAUUAUCUUUUUGAUGGCUUCUUUGGUUUGACUUAUAGGCAAUUAGCUGUUGGUGAUGUUACGCCACCAUUUUAUAAUAUGUAUAUGCAAGGUUUAAUUAACGUCCCCGUCUUUGGUUUCUAUUUAAGUGACAAUGGUACGUCGAAAGAGGGUGGCAUGCUAACGCUUGGCGGCAUCGAUGAACAAUACUUUGCAAGCGAUGGGCUAACUUAUGUGCCUAUCGUUGAGGAAAUGUGGUGGACAUUAGAAUUAGAUUCCGUAAGCAUAGGCCCAGGCGCUAAUGUAUUAGAAAUUAUGCAGACACAAACACGAGCACAAAAAAAUUAUGUGCUUCGAAUUUUCAAAAUAUUAAUAUAGCAUUUUGGAUUUUGGGCGAUUUAUUUCUUAUGAAAUACCAAACAGUUUUUGAUUUUGGCAUAAAUAGAGUUGGAUUUGCACCAAUAAACAUGGGCUA